AUGACAAACGAAGAAUUAUCGAAUUCAAAGUUUAAUCCAAAUCAUUCCAGUGCUCAAUUUAGUCAACGAAAUAGUACAUAUAAUGAUAAUACCGAUGAAACAACAUCAUUAUCAUCAAAUUCAACAACAAGUUUUAUACAGAAAAAACAGCCUAUUGCACGAAAAGGAGCAUUACGGCAAAAGAAUAUUUCUGUUGUUAAAAAUCAUCAAUUUUUACCAAGAUUUUUUAAAACUCCCACGUUUUGUAGUCAUUGUAGAGAUUUUAUAUGGGGUUUUGGAAAACAAGGAUUUCAAUGUCAAGUUUGCUCGUUAGUAGUGCACAAACGAUGUCAUGAAUUUGUAUCAUUUGUAUGUCCUGGUGCAGAUAAAGGAGCUGACUCUGAUGCUCCAAGUAAUUGUCACAAAUUUCUAAUUCAUACUUAUACAUCACCAACAUUUUGUGAUCAUUGUGGAUCUUUAUUAUAUGGUUUAAUUCAUCAAGGAUUAAAAUGUCAGGCGUGUGAUAUGAAUGUUCAUAAGAAAUGUUCACUUGUUGUACCAGAUUUAUGUGGCGUAGAUCAUACAGAAAGACGAGGAAGAAUUAAAUUAAAUAUACAUGCUGAAAAAGAUAAAUUAAUUGUUCAAAUCAUAGAAGCAAAAAAUUUAAUUCCAAUGGAUCCAAAUGGUUUGUCUGAUCCGUAUGUGAAAAUUAAAUUAAUACCAUCAGACUCAAAAAAACAACAUGGAAAAUGUAAAACUAAAUUACAUUACAAAACACUAAAUCCACACUGGAACGAAACUUUUACUAUUGAAUUGAAUGAAGAAGAUAAAGACAAGAGACUUUUAAUUGCCGUUUGGGAUUGGGAUCGUACAACAAGAAAUGAUUUUAUGGGAUCAUUAUCAUUUGGUGUAACAGAAUUAUUAAAGGAACCAGUUGAAGGAUGGUUUAAAUUAUUAACUCAAGAAGAAGGUGAAUUCUAUAGUGUAUUGGUACCGAGUGAAGAAGGAUUAGCCGUAAUGAAAUUAAAACAAAAAUUUGAAAAAGCAACAUCGUUGCGUGAACAUUAUGCUGAAGGAUCAGAAAAAUUAAUGCAACGUUCAUUAAGUUUAACAAAUGCACUUAAAGUAACAGAUUUUAAUUUUAUCAAAGUGUUAGGAAAAGGAAGUUUCGGAAAAGUUGUAUUAGCUGAACGUAAAGGUACCGAUGAAUUAUAUGCUGUAAAAAUUCUUAAAAAAGAUGUUAUUGUACAAGAUGAUGAUAUUGAAUGUGUUAUGAUUGAAAAACGUGUUCUAAUGUUACAUGAUAAACCAUCAUUUCUUGUACAACUUCAUUCAUGUUUUCAAUCUGUCGAUCGAUUAUAUUUUGUUAUGGAAUUUGUUAAUGGAGGAGAUUUAAUGUAUCGUAUACAACAUGAAGGAAAAUUUAAAGAACCUGUUACUUGUUUUUAUUCAGCUGAAAUUGCUGUUGGAUUAUUUUAUCUUCAUAGCAAAGGAAUUAUAUAUAGAGAUCUUAAAUUAGAUAAUAUAUUAUUGGAUAGUGAAGGACAUAUCAAAAUAGCCGAUUUUGGAAUGUGUAAAGAAGGAAUUAUCAAUGAUAAAAAGACGUCAACUUUUUGUGGUACACCAGAUUAUAUUGCUCCAGAAAUUAUUUUAUAUCAAAAAUAUGGAAAAACAGUUGAUUGGUGGGCUUAUGGUGUACUAUUGUACGAAAUGUUAGCUGGACAACCUCCAUUUGAUGGUGAGGAUGAAGAAGAAUUAUUUACAGCCAUAACCGAUCAUAAUGUAUCCUAUCCAAAAUCAAUGACAAAAGAAGCUGUUUCCAUUUGUAAAGGGUUAAUGACAAAAUUACCACAAAAACGUUUAGGAUGUGGUCCCGAUGGUGAACGGGAUAUACGUGAUCAUAUAUUUUUUCGUCGUAUCGAUUGGAUAAGAAUUGAAGCGCGGGAAGUACAACCUCCCUAUAAACCAAAAAUUAAUGGUACAAAAGAUACGUCGAAUUUUGAUCGUGAAUUUACAAAUGAGGCAUUAAAUUUUACACCAACUGAUAAAUUAUUUAUUAUGAAUAUGGAUCAAACAGAAUUUGAAUCGUUUUCAUUUUUAAAUCCAAUAUUUAUUUCAAAUUCGUCAUUAACAACGACGACUCUCUAA